AUGGAAGAAAAUGAUCACGGCAGCAGAGAUGUGGUGGAGCGGCAGGAGUCGGCGGAUGAAUCCAACAGAGCCAUCCUUCCCCUCCUACAGGCGCCGGGGAACUUGCAGAUCCCUCACCGGGUCACCAAUUUCUUCAUCGACAACAUCCUGCGGCCGGACUUCGGACGGAAAAAGGACGGGGGCGCAAACCCCGAGGAGAGUAGCCCGACGUCGCGGGAGAGCCAGGACAGCCCCGCGGCCCCGCAGAGCGAGCCGGUGGGCAGCACGGUGCCGGCGGAGGGGACCUCCACCCCGCACGCGGUCACCGGGGCCAAGAAGCCCGCCAUAGCCGCCGAGGAGCCCCUCAAAGCCCGCGGGGAGAGCGGAGACCAGUGCCUAAGCUCAGACUCUGACAGUUCCCAAGCCAGCUCCAACCCAUCCAUGUCCCAGCCCAUGCUGUGGCCGGCCUGGGUCUACUGCACCAGAUACUCGGACAGGCCUUCUUCAGUUUUGGAGGGAGGCACCGAGCAGGCCCCUCUCCAGAUGGAAAAUUAA